AUGUAUAUGGUUGUCUCUGGUAUACCCGGUAUCUCUGGCAUUCGCCUCGGAACCAAGUUUUCUUCCAAAUCCUUCACUGUUGCUUGCUCACUUUACCUGCCCGUGGUUGCACCGGAAGCGAGCCUUGAUUACACGAAUCAAGAGCGUACUACAGGCGUAGAAGUGACGAAGAGUGACAAGCGAGUGACCUUGCUCAGCUCGAGGCGCCGGGAGCGACCUGCUUUGCAAACAAACCAACCACACCCAAAUAAAAAGGGGACGCCCUGCACGACCGUCAAGCUGGCGUCCGCAACUCCCAACUUCCUUUCCUUUUUCUUUUCUUCUCUCCUCGCCCUGCCCACCACCUCCGUCACAUCGGUAUUAAAAGCCAUCAGCACCGCUCUCUCGUCCGCUAUCUCGCUCUUCCACGCGUCUCCUUCAACCAGAGCUCUCGCAAGGCAAAAGACCGCUUCAUCAGCUGCCAUUUCCGCGUCAGCAUCCGGCAAGAUGCCAUCCAAGAAGGCCAUCCAUUUCGGCGGCGGCAACAUCGGCCGUGGCUUCGUUGCCGAGUUCCUUCACGAGUCAGACUAUGAGGUCGUCUUCAUUGACGUGAUGGACCAGGUCAUUGAGAACCUACAGAAGUCAGAGUCCUAUACCGUUACCGAGAUCAGCUCCGCCGGUGAGAACGUCAAGAAGAUCACCAACUACCGCGCCAUCAACUCGAAAUAUAACAUGGAGGAUGUCAUUCGUGAAAUCGCCACCGCGGAAGUUGUCACCUGUGCUGUCGGACCUAAUAUCCUUAAGUUCAUCGCCUCUCCUAUUGCAAAGGGUAUUGAUGCCCGCACUAUCGAGCGCCCUCUUGCCGUCAUUGCGUGUGAGAAUGCCAUUGGAGCCACAGACACUCUGGCCUCUUUUAUCAAAGAGCACACAGAUAAGGACCGACUUGCCACCCUCUCCGACCGUGCUCGCUUUGCCAACUCUGCUAUUGACCGAAUUGUGCCUACUCAGGACCCCGAUGCGGGCUUGAACGUCAAGAUCGAGAAGUUCUAUGAGUGGGCUGUUGACCAGACUCCUUUUGGUGACUGGGGCCACCCAGACAUUAAAGCCAUUCACUGGGUUGACAACCUUGAGCCGUACAUCGAACGCAAGCUCUACACUGUGAACACCGGCCACGCCACUGCUGCCUACUAUGGGUAUAAUUCUGGAAAAAAGACCAUCUACGAGGCCCUGUCUGACCCCCGUAUCAAGAAGGUGGUUGAUGACGCCCUUAGCGAGACUUCCCGGCUCAUUAUUGAUAAGCACGGCAUUCCAGAACAGGAGCAGCGUGCUUACGUCAGUGCCAUUAUCGAACGUAUCUCUAACCCAUACCUCGAAGACGUCGUAGAGCGUGUUGGCCGUGCUCCCGUCCGCAAGCUUGGUCGAAAGGAACGUUUCAUUGGUCCUGCUGCCCAGCUCGCUGAGAGAGGUCAGAAGGUUGAUGCUCUUAUGGGUGCCGUCGAGCAGGCUCUGCGUUUCCAGAACGUCCCUGGUGAUGAUGAGAGCACUGAGCUGGCCAAGAUCCUUCGUGAGGAGAACUGCGAAUCCGCCGCCCAGAAGCUGACUUCGCUGGAACCAAACCACCCUCUGUACGACCGCGUUGUGGAGAAGAGAAAUGAUGCCAUCCGUCUUGUAACUCAGCACAAGAACCUUGGAGAAGCGAUGCCUAUCGGUCCUGUGAAGCUGCACAAGCAUCUGCAACUCGACAGUCGAAAACGAAAUCAACAAACGCCUCCUAGCAUCAGCAAACAAACAACCAGAGGAGCGUCUCUUCCUCUAUGA